CCUAGGUGUGACCGUUUGUGAUCCCCCCGUUGUGAUGGACAAUAACAAAGAGGAGCUGCCGUGCGAAAACCCUAAAACCUGUUCCCGUCCGAGGCGGCUGCUCCAACGCCCGUCCCCCUCGUUUCUGCCGCUCGCUCGCCGACCCACCGACAUUGCGUGGGGCAAUAAAAACAAACAGAACGAGCGCUUGGAUUGGCGGCCUCCAGUGAGCGAACGAACAACUGUAAAAGUGGGACGCCACCGAAAAAGAAGGCAACAACAACAGCAACAACAACAAGACGGGCUGAGAAACGGCAGCGGCGGUGGUGGUCGCGUCUCUUGAAGAUUUCACUUUUCGACGAGCGAUUCAGCGGAGCACAACGAUUUGAAGCAACUAAUAGCAAAUAAUUGCAUCUAACAAUACACAUUGUACCUGAGAAACGAGGAGCAGGCCCACAGAGAAACAUGUACCGAGCCAGUGGACUGAGGAUUAUGCAACAAGUGCGUGGAAGGAUCAGCGGUGAGAUCCAAGGGGUCUAUUGUGCCGUUGCGCCUGCGCUGAAAACUUUCACUUUGCAACAACAAGUACAGCAGCAGCAAGGUCGCUGGACGGCAACGUCGACGGUGAGUGGGAAACAGGUGGCACCGCCACAGGUGACUCCUCCGCCGCGUCACGACUGGAAUCGGGCUGUCAGCGAGGCGGAGCGCAUCGUGGGCUAUCCCACCUCCUUCCUGAGCCUCCGAUGGCUGCUCAGCGACGAGAUCGCCAAUGUGGCGCUGCACUUGCGCAAGUUGGUGGGCAGCGCCCAUCCCUUGAUGAAAACGGCCAAGCAUCUGCUCUACAACGGCAAGAACACGAUGCAGGCCUGGGGACUGAUUGUGCUGCUGGUCUCCAAGGCGGCCGGACAUGCUCCCAGUGUCCCCGAUGUGGAGCAGGACAAGAGCGCCGGAGUCCUUCACUCCCAACGAGCCCUAGCCGAAGUUACCGAGAUGAUAAGGAUUUCCCACCUGGUCCACAAUAGCGUCGUGAAUCUGCAAUCGAGCACCCAGGCUGGCCAGGAUGUGGCCACCUUCGACGACAUGUCCUUCGGCAAUAAGAUUGGCCUGCUCACCGGUGACUACCUGUUGGGACACUCGAGUGCCGAGCUGGCGAAUCUGCGCAACCAGGAGGUGGUGGAGCUGAUCUCCUCGGCGGUGAGGGACUUCUCCGAGUCGGAGUUCAUUGGCGAGCGGGAUGAGCAGAACAACCCACUGCCCUACAAGCCAGGGACCUUCCAGCGCCCCUCUCUGAGCGUGGGCGUGGAUUUCAACGAGCACGAUGUGAUGGCUCCGAUGCCCAUUGCUCAGGUCCUGGGCAAUCCGGAGCAGGAAUGGGAGUGCCGGAACAUACUUAAUGCCGGCAGCUUGUUGGGCAAGUCCUGCCAGGGCUCUCUGAAGUUGGCCGGCCAGAGCGAGGAGCUCCAGCGCCAUGCCUAUCGGUUUGGAAAGCACUUGGCUCUGGCCUGGCAGGCCUGCCUGGACGCGGAACCCUUCCAGUGCCCCACCCUGCCCCUGGACGCCACCUUUAGCCUGGUUAGCGCCCCCGUUCUGUUCCAUCUCGAGCACGAUCCUGAGAUGUACGCGGAUCUGGAGGCGGGCAAGCAGUCGGUGGACAACAUCGACUACGACAAGAUCCACAGAGCCAUCCUGGCAGGGCCGGCGCUGAACAAAACCAAGGAGCUGCAGCGAAAGCAUACGGCCGCUGCCCUGGCCGUCCUCCAGCACUUUCCGGCUACGGAUGCUCGGCAGGCUUUGGAGAACAUCAUUCUGGCCAUGCAGGAUCUCUGAUCCGGGACUACCACGGCGGAUUUGAAACGGGUUCAGGGCUUAGGCUAGUUGUAUUUAUUCCAGGGUCAUUCUAUCGAUACCAUUAAAAAGGACACUGUUGACUAAUCUUAAA